AGUAGAAUCUCAUGUAUCGAAUUUAUAUUUUCACGCACCCCAUCACUAGUUAUUUUAGUUCUUUUCGUUAUCAAGCAAGAUGGCGGACCAGACAGAGAAAGCGUAUCAGAAACAACCUACGGUGUUCCUGAACCGUAAGGGGGGGCUGAAGAAGAAGGACAUGAGACACUCUAAGAGUGUCGGUCUCGGUUUCAAGACUCCUCGUGAGGCUAUUGAAGGCACCUACAUUGACAAGAAGUGCCCGUUCACCGGCAAUGUGUCCAUCCGUGGGCGCAUCCUGUCCGGAGUUGUGCAGAAGAUGAAGAUGCAGAGGACCAUUGUCAUCCGACGAGACUACCUGCACUAUGUCAAGAAAUACAACAGAUUCGAGAAGAGACACAAGAAUAUGCCCGUGCAUCUGUCACCUUGCUUUAGGGAUGUGGAGUUGGGAGACAUCGUCACCAUCGGCGAAUGCAGACCUCUAUCCAAGACUGUACGUUUCAACGUACUGAAGGUUUCCAAGGGCAAGGGCUCGAAGAAAUCCUUCAAAAAGUUCUAAGCUAAUAAAAU